CCUCCUUAAUAGUAAAAAUUAGCAUGGCAAUUACACCCUCAGUCGUAAAUAAAAACUUACAAAAUAAACAUAAAUACGUUUUCUAAAAAAAAUUCGUUACAAAAAAAAUUUAAUAUUUUUGAUUAAAAAUAGUGGCCAAUUUAAUGAUAAAACAUACAUUUUUAUUAUUUUUAUUAAAAUAAUGUGGUGUAUAAAAAUAAGUGCGUGUGAGUAAAUUAACCUCAUUUAUUUAUUCAAUAAAUAAAUUUAAACGUUUUAUUAUAAGAAUAAAAAAUAUAAAAAAAAUAAGGAUGAGCUCACCGAUGGAUACGCCAGGAUCUCAAGCUCUUGAAGCAAUUAAAAAUAUAAAGGACUUAUCAAUAUUUAAAAAACCAAUGGGCCCUGCAAGACGUAGUAAAAAAUUCCGACCAACAACUUUAGAUGAAGAUACUUACAUUGAAAAGAUGGGUGAAAUAAUAGAGAGAGAUUUUUUUCCUCAUUUAGAAAAAUUAAAAGCUCAAAAUGACUAUUUGCAUGCUAUAGAACAGAAUGAUGCCAAGAAAAUGAGAGAGCUGUACACGAAAUAUAGUUCUGGACGACCAGUAACUGAAAGAUUAUCUAGUCCUGCAACAUUUGAGACUCCUUUACGUGAAGAUCUAAACAAUUUAACUAAAAAUAAUCGGGAUUGUAAAAAUUCGUCAGUGGCUGGAGAAAAUACAAUUGAAGAUGAUAAAAAACAAUUAAUGGGAUUAGAUUCAUAUUUAAGCUCUCAUACAAGUGAAGAUAAUGCGAGCUUUGAAGAAAUGAUGGAAGAAGCAGAUAAACGGCAAAGAAUAAAAUAUUCAUGGCUUUAUAAAAUGGAAGAAAAUUCAAAAGUUCUGAGUGUUGAUGCAAAUGAUAAUACUUUAGCAAUUACUACUGAUAAAAAAUCACGGCCAUUAAUGUUAGAUACAUGGAAUUAUAGAAAUAAAAAUUAUAUAAUGUAUAUUCCUGAUGGUGUUGAAUUAACAUCAGAAGAAAAAAUAGAAAUGGCUAAAAGAAAACAAGAAAUAGUUCAUUUAAAUACAAGAUUAAAUAUAAAUCCAUUUAACGAAAAACACAAUAAAGAGACGCUUAAUGAACUGGCAAAAUCACAGCUUAAAGUAUAUGAUGGAAAAAUAGGUGUCGAUGGUAAAGAAGUUGUUAGGAACCCUACACCAAAAGUAAAUGGUUUUAGUUUCGUUGCUACUCCAAGUCCUAGACCAGGUGAAUGUGAAAGUCCUUUGAUGACGUGGGGAGAAAUUGAAGGUACGCCGUUUAGACUUGAUGGAGGUGACACACCAUUACUAAGAUCUAAUCAAGGUCCUUCAUUUCGUAUGGCUGAGCCACCUAAAAGAGAAAAAUUGGCUUUACAAUUAGCAGAAAAAGCCGGUGAACGACAUAGAGAUAGGAAAAGUAAAGCAUUAGAAGCUGCCAGAAAAUCAUUUGCAACGCCGUCACCAAGAUGUUUAUCAGCAAUCGAUCGUCUCAGCACAAUGUCACCAGCAGCUAGAAGAUUAGCCACACAAAAAUUACGAAUUGUUAGUACACCAAGUCCUCGGCGAACACCAUUAAGAUCACCAUCAAUUGGCGUAAAAACUCACAAUUUAUCCUAUCGUGACACAUCAACCAGAGUCUCAUCAAAGGAAUUAGAUUUAGAUAGUAGUUCCAGAUCGAAAGAUACUAUACUUACUGAUAAUCUACUCAAUUUACCGCACAGACAAAGAGCUUCUGAUUUUUUUAACUAAUCACUUGCAAAUACAUUAAAGUUAUAAUAUUUCACUUCUAACUUUUGUUGUCUAUCAAUAUUAUAUUAAUGUUAUCAAGACAUGUAAAAGUUUAACAGUAAAUAAAUAUUUGUAAAUAAAUGUAAUUAGUAUAUUUAA